AUGGCAGCAGCAGCAGCAUUUGCCAAGGGUUUACUUUCUAGGUUUCCGGCGACGGCGCCGUUGUAUAGGCGGCGGCGGCGGCCAUCAUCAUCAUGGUUUCAAUUCUCUAUAUCAUCCUCUCUAUUUCCAAUUCAUAGAUUCAAUAAUAAUAAUGUCUCUGCACACCUGUCAACCCAAGUUUCAAUCCCUAUAGAUGAUGAUGAUGAUAAUGAUGAGACAUCUCCAACUCCUGAUACAACAAGUCAACUCGAAAUGAUUCGUUUCUCUCUAUUUUCAAAUCAUAGAUUCAAUAAUAAUAAUAAUGUCUUUGCACAUCUGUCAACCCUAGUUUCAAUCCCUAAAAAUGUUGACAAGACAUCUCCAGCUCCUGAUAGAACUAAACAACGACGGAAACCAAUGUGCUUAUAUCACACACAAGGGAAAUGCACAAUGAUGGAUGAUCCACUUCACAUAGAGAAAUUCGAUCACAAUUGUUCUUGGAAAGUUAAACUAGUGGAGGAUGAGAUGAAGAACAUACGCAGUCAGCAGUUAGAUUACUUUCUUGUGCUUAAUUUCGAAGGAAAGGAUGAGAUGCUUGGGUUUCCUGUGCUGAUGAUUGAUGCCAAAACAUUGGAAGUUGUCGAUUUGUUCCACAGAUUUGUUAGACCUUUAGCAAUGACUGAAGAAAGUAUAAAGGAUUGCAGCAUCGAGGGGAAGUAUGGAGCAAAAGUAGGAGGAGUUCAUGGUGUGUGGCAUAAAACAGCAAUCCCAUUUAAGGAAGUAAUUGAACAGUUUGAAGUUUGGAUGGUCCAACAUGGUCUGUGGAAAAGGGAGAUUGGAGGCUGUCUUGAAAGAGCAGCAUUUGUGACUUGCGGGAAUUGGAAUCUGAAUACAAAAAUUCCUCAACAAUGCAAAGUGUCGGGGAUGAAUCUUCCGGAAUAUUUCACGGAGUGGAUAAACUUGAAAGUUAUCUUUCUCUACUUCCAUAAAAUCGAUGGCAUUAGUGGGAAUAUUACUCUGGACCAAAUGAUGAAGAAACUCAGGCUACCAAUGCUGGGAAGUUACUUUCUUGGAAUAGAUAACACUAAAAAUAUAGUUACAGUGCUACAACGGAUGAUCCUAAAUGGAGCUCGAAUACAAAUUACUGCAAGGAGAAAAUCAGACCAACUUCAAAGGGUUGAGUACCCUCAUCCGUCAACCCAAGUUUCAAUCCCUAUAGAUGAUGAGACAUCUCCAACUCCUUAUUAUCUUAAAUGGAGGCCCAUGUGCUUAUAUCACACACAAGGGAAAUGCUCUUUGAUUGAUGAUCCACUCCACAUAAAGAAGUUUGAUGAUCACAAACGUUCUUGGAAACUUGAACAAGUGAAGGUGGAGGCUGAGCUGAAGAACAUACGCAGUCAGCAGUUUGAUUACUUUCUUGUGCUUGAUUUUGAAGGAAAGCAUGAGAUUCAUGAGUUUCCUGUGAUGAUGAUUGAUGCCAAAACAUUGGAAAUUGUCGAUUUGUACCACAGAUUUGUUAGACCUUUAGCAAUGACUGAAGAAAGUAUAAAGGAUUGCAGCAUCGAGGGGAAGUAUGGAGCAAAAGUAGGAGGAGUUCAUGGUGUGUGGCAUAAAACAGCAAUCCCAUUUAAGGAAGUAAUUGAACAGUUUGAAGUUUGGAUGGUCCAACAUGGUCUGUGGAAAAGGGAGAUUGGAGGCUGUCUUGAAAGAGCAGCAUUUGUGACUUGCGGGAAUUGGGAUCUGAAGACAAAAGUUCCUCAACAAUGCAAAGUAUUGGAGAUGAAGCUUCCAGAAUAUUUCAUGGAGUGGAUAAACUUGAAAGACGUCUUUCUCAACUUCUAUAAACGCAGAGCUCCUGGAAUGGUCACAAUGAUGAAGGAACUCGAGUUACCAUUGAUGGGAAGUCAUCAUCUUGGAAUAGAUGACACUAAAAAUAUAGCGAAAGUGCUACAACACAUGCUCAUAGAUGGAGCUCUAAUACAGAUUACCGCAAGGAGAAAUUCAGACGAUCUUGACAACGUUGAGUUCCUUUUCAAGAACCGCAUCAGGUAGUUCUUUUCGAUGUUCAAACAUUGGGUUUUGAUAUUAACUGUAUAUGAAACUGUGUUAGCUUUCAAUUUAUACUUGGGCCAAUUUCAUGAGGAAUUGCAAUUUCCUUGUUAUGUUUAUUUUCUUCUGCA